AUGGCCCAGCCUGCGGGUCGCAGGAGGCCCGGGACCCUGGGGUCUCCUGUGCGCAGCAUCCGGCCCUUCAAGUCCAGUGAGCAGUACCUGGAGGCCAUGAAGGAAGACCUGGCCGAGUGGCUUCACGAUCUUUAUGGGCUGGACAUCGACGCAGCCAACUUCCUGCAGGUGCUGGAGACUGGCCUGGUGCUGUGCCAGCACGCCAACACCAUCACCGAGGCUGCCCUGGCCUUCCUGGCCAAGGCGCCUGCCAGAGCCCAGAGGAUUCCCAUGCCCCGGGCUGGGGUCUCCUGCAAUGGGGCCGCCCAGCCAGGCACCUUCCAGGCCAGAGACAAUGUCUCCAACUUCAUCCAGUGGUGUCGCAAGGAGAUGGGCAUCCAAGAGGUGCUGAUGUUCGAGACCGAGGACCUGGUGCUGCGCAAGAACGUGCGGAACGUGGUGCUGUGUCUGCUGGAGCUGGGCCGCCGGGCCUGGCGCUUCGGCGUCGCGGCGCCCACCCUGGUGCAGCUGGAGGAGGAGAUUGACCAGGAGCUGCGGCGGGAGCGGGCCCUGCCCGCGCCCGGCCCGCCGCCGCCCGCGCCCCCCGAGAGGAUGGAGCUCACCACCCCCCACCCCCACCCACAGGUGCAGAGCCUGGUGAGCCACUGCACAUGCCCAGUGCAGUUCUCCAUGGUCAAGAUGUCUGAGGGCAAGUAUCGUGUGGGGGACUCCAACACCCUCAUCUUCAUCCGGAUUCUCCGGAACCACGUGAUGGUACGUGUGGGGGGCGGCUGGGACACACUGGGCCAUUAUCUGGACAAACAUGACCCCUGCCGGUGCUCCUCUCUCUCACACAAACCCGGCAGCUUCCUGAAGCCCCCAGCCCCGCCGGUGCAGCAUGAAGUGAGGGUGCAGGACGGACCCUCGCAGCCCCAGCCUACAAUGACUGUCAGCCGUUCCCAGAGCCCACUGCCCCCCGUGGACUGGAAGACAUAUACCUCUUCAGGCCGAAAGCUGAGGUCCCCUACCCCCUCCUCCCCCAGGCCCCGCAGUGAGCGGGGAGCAGGGGCAGGGGCCCUCGGAGAGAUGGCACCGUUCCUGAGGUGCCAGGAGAGGUCUCCCACACCAUCUCAAAGUCAGCUGACAGCUGAGGACAGCUCACCCAGUCCCCAAUUCUCAUCUAUCUAUAGGGGCCGAGACCCACAAUAUACCUCAUCAGGGAAGAGGGAGGACAGAUACCCCCCUGAACUCCCCAGGAGAAGGAUUCCCACGUCUUGGGUUCAUGAGCAAACCCAUGCCAGGACCCCCACCCCCCAAAGACUCCAAGUCCCUGAGGCCAUCACCAAAGGGAUGUCAGCAAGAGAACCAUGUUCCUUGCCUCAUUCCUGUAGCCCAGCCAAGGCCCUGGGCCUCAGGCUGCCACUCUGGGAUGAGGCUGAGGGUGCUUCCUCCCAGCUCAGGGAGCCAGCAUCUGUUCAAUCUCCAUCCCCUGUUAAAGAACUCACCAAUAUCCCCAUCCGUCUACCUCCUGGCCGCCCCCCAACACCAGGAAGAAGCUUUUCAAGUACUGCAAGUGGAAGUCCCAGGACAGAACUUGGGAGAGGAUCCAUCAUCCCAUUAAGGGCCAUCACUGGAGACUUGGCUGUGUCCAGGCAUGAGGACUGCUCUGUGGAAGGGACUCGGGGGGACCUGAAGCUAGACAUCCAGGUCACCGCAGAGGCCAGGGAGCCCCGGUGUCUGGGCCCACAGGAACAGGAGGGUAGGUCCACACCCCAGCCCCUGCAUAGGACCAGGGAGAAAGUCAUCUACAAUAGCCUUGAAGAGGAGAUUUUGGUCAACAUGAAGCUGCUAGAGGUGGCGGGUGCCUGUCCCAAGGGCACAGAGUCUGGGGUUAUCCCUCGCAGUGGAGUCUAUGUCCCCAGCCUGGGUGGUCAGUGGCCUGAGCCUGGGGAUCCUUAUGACAAAGUCAUCCAAGAACUGUCUCGGGGUCCCCCACCCCUUAUGAAAGUGGAUCUGGAAGCCUGGAAGACUGCCCCUAGAGGCCCCCCUAAGCUAGCUGUUACUGCAGGCCCAGGAAGCCCAAAAGGGAUGCUGGGAGCCGAAGAGAGUGGGUCAAGGACAAAGGCAAGCCUGAGUGCCACCGGUGCCAGCCUAAGGAAGGUCCUACCUCAAGGAGGACACAAUUGCUCAGCCCCUAUGGAGUCUACCAGCCCAGAGGUCCCCCCACCUUCACCCUCAAAUCCCAGCUCUGACAAAGCCAAGGCACGUCUGGGCAAGGUCAAGAGGACCCUCCGGAAACCCCAGAGAGUCCCUUCCAUCUACAAACUGAAGCUGAGGCCCAAGAUCCGGCCCCGGAGAGACCACAGGCCUGAGAAGCAACCUUCAAGAAUCCCCAAGCCACUGACCUACCUCUGCCUGGGUCCAGCCAGGCCGCUCCCCAGGGGCAGGCUGUUGAGAGCUGUACCGGACAGCAAGGGAGGGGAGGCCUCCCGGGAGGAUGGAGCUUCAGCAGGCGAGAAGGAGGAUGAAGAAAAGACGAGCGAGCUGUCCACUCUGUUGGAGAGCAGCCCUCAGCCUUCAGAGGGCCUGGGGCCUCAGCUUGAGCAAGCCCCACUCCCAUCUGAGGAGGAGUCCUGGGUCUGA